CAAAACUGAGGCGGAUGGAGCGGAGUAGGUGAAGUGAUGAAUGUAUAAAACUCAUUACCGGGGAUCGAAUGACCAGACCCAAUCAUGCAUGCCGGACUGCAAAAUGCAAUUAAGGCCGUCGGUCGGUGCAGCACAUAUGAGGAGCAACAACAACUAUGCUAUGCACGUGUGCGCGGCUAACUGCAUUACCUAUUUGCUUUAGUUGUGCAUUUCGAGCGUUUCGCUGUGCGCGUUGCCGACGGAAUCCAGUAUUAGCGUCUGAGGCACUUUAAACAAAUUUCGCGAGAAAGAAAUCGGUGUUGGUACAGCGGCGUUACGAUAAUUUUUGGGCUAUUUUUCAGCUGCUAUGGCAUAUUGACUAUCAGAAUAUGGAUACAAUUACAGUCAAGAGCCACACUCAUUAGACCGAUAAAUCGUCUGACGGAGCACCAAAUCUUCUAGUCGGUCAUUAAAUUGUGGACGUAAAUCAACGACUGCAAUUCCCUGAACCUGUUUAUAUCAUUAGCUUCACGUUUACAAGCCGAUAAAAUUUAUUAGCUCCUAUUUUCAUCAUUCACCACAAUUUCAUGAGACAUUUUGGCCCAGAAGCCAGCGAUGGCGUAAUUUAUUUCUGAAACUAACUGUCUACCGCUUUAGCAAUGGUCCGAUUGCCCAUACGAUGAUACGAUGAUUCAACUGGCUAGCCAACUAGUGGCUGCGCAUAUAAAUAAAUAACAACAAAAACAAUUAACUUACAAAGUAUAAUAAUUUAGAGAGCAUGACAUCGUUGGCGGAAAUUAACACCACAACAGCGAUGACAUCCAGCAACCUCAUCGCCCCAGCGUCGGAAGACUACUUCCGGCUGUACGAUGUCGGCGCCGAUGCUGAUGACGGUGACAUGGCAUUGAGUGGGAGUGGGAGUGGUGAUGGCGUUGGUAGCGACGAGAUGAACAAUUUUAUUGUUAGUAUUUGGAAUCCAUUUGACAAUUCAAACACAACCAGCAGUCAAGCGACGAAUGUGACCUCAAUGAACUCAUCACCGACGGCUAAUCAUACCGCUGUAUUUGCCGAUAAUACCAACAAUACACUCUACACAUGGACAUCCGCGUCGAUUGGCUCGAACACCGACCUAGACUCCCACUCGUCCUCUGUAUUUGUUAUCAAUUGUAGCACAGCAGCGCUGCCCACAGUUGCGAAGGCAACGAGCGGAAAUGGAAUAGGAAAUGAAGGGGGCUGCAGCUUCGUUGCCAACGAUACCACCACCAGUGGCACGCUUGAUGCUUACACCCCCCCAACGGGCAUACUGUCCGAUGUUGACCUUAGAACGACGGAGCGAAGUAGCUAUGCGGGUGGUGAGGGUGAAGAGGAUAUCAACUUUGCUUUGAUCGAUAGUGCGGAAACAGCGUUGGGUGGCGACACUGAUUAUGAGACGAUAGAGGGCUUUAAUGGUGGCGGUGAUGGCGAACAGAUUGGUCGCGUGCCUGUCGUGAAUGUGAAUGAAGUUGAUGGGGACACAAAUUUGAUUCGACAUUCGACAGCGUUCGACAGUUAUGGUUCGAGUAGAAACGAUUCGUAUUAUCCGAGUUUCGAUGGCGGUGGGACGGGCGCGUCGACGAUCGAAAAGGGAAUCGGUGCUGGGGCAGGGGAUAAAAGCGGCAGUACUUUUAUGCUGUUGUUGGAAGACUUUGGAGAUUAUUUUUAUAAUUAUAACGGGACCGGUAGUGGUGUCGGUGUGGGUGUCGGUGUCAGUGUCGGUGACGGUGUCGCGAUUUCGGAUACACAAGCCACAAUAAGUUCUUUGAAUGCAACCGAUUUAAUUAUUCGAACUAAUUGCUCAAACAUAACGGAUCUGUGUGUGCUGCCAAAUGAAGAAGAAGCUCUUCCAAAUUAUUGGGCACUUCUGCUAAUGGUGUUUCCCUUACUGACAUUGUUUGGCAAUAUUUUAGUGAUUCUCUCGGUGUGCCGCGAAAGAUCCCUACAAACGGUUACAAAUUAUUUUAUUGUGUCAUUAGCGAUAGCCGAUCUUUUAGUUGCUGUGGUCGUGAUGCCGUUUGCGGUUUAUGUUUUGAACUUUGAGGCUUGGACCCUGGUCGACCUAAACAACAUCUAUGGACAGUUUGUAACACAAAAACAAAGAAAUAACAGUUGUGGCAGCAACUAUUGUACAAAAACAACACAACAGUAA